AUGAUUUUCAAAACACUUCAAAAGACCUUGGAAACACUGCAGCAAAAUAAACGCAAAGCAAAGAUUGCUCUACUACUGCUUUUACCUGCAUCUCUACUCUUUAGGCCCGAUAAAUACAAUUUAUACUCGAAGGAGUCUCUUUUUGAUCACCUUGAAUUCAGCAGGGACCAUGGUUUCUAUAGUCACCCAAAAGAAUAUGAGGAAAUGCCGCCCCACCAAACAAUUUAUAUUUGCUUUGAAGGAAGCCGAGCCCUUGAAAACCGCUUGAAUGAGAAGAUAAAGAAAAUUAUGGUCAGAUCAAAGUCUAUCCAGCUUUCGCGGGAAAAUAUCAACGAAUCUUUUUUUGUUAAAAUUUACUUAAAGGAAAGUAAACGUAAAACAAUUGAAUUACAUCCUUUUAGGACUUUUCAGCCCAACUCUGAUUUAAUAAGCCUUGCCAAGACAUUUUUUACACCGUGCUUGGAAUUUAGUAUAUCUGACAUCCUGUUUUCUGGACCUAAAGACAUGCUUUUUGAAAACAGAAUUGAUUUGUGUAUCGAUAACAGCGAGCAGUCCAUUCAAGAUCUCUGCUAUCUUUUAAGAUAUUAUUUGAAUAUGCAUUCACAUUAUUAUGGCAUCUACUAUUACAUUCCCCUGGCCAACUGUAUGAUCACCUUUGACUCCCUGAAAAAUUUUAUGAUUGGGUAUUUGAUUUAUGAACUAUUUGAUUUUUCACCAAGUUUUGAUCCAACAGUAUUUCUAAUACGCUCAAUAGCAUACUAUUUCUUUCCAAUAUCAGGACUUCUUGCACUAGGAAAGGACUCCAGGGCUGCCUAUCUGUUUGUCUUUGCCAUUUUAAACUUUAAAUUUGGCUUUUUGUAUUGUGUUUGUCUUUAUCUUAACGCAUUGAAGACAUUAAUAAAAGCUCUUAGAAAUAAAUAG